AGUAUGACAGGACAUGUUCGCCUGUUGGUUAUUUCUUGCCGGAAGAGAGUAACAGACGUACCGGCUUCUUCACAGAGUUUACGAGUCGCGUAUUUUGAAGAGUACAGUAUAUACUUUAUUUUAUUUUGACCAACAGACUUUUUUUUGCAGCAUGGCGAAUUUUACAGCGUUUGUCGGCUGUGUCAGUCUCCUUCUCGCGGCUCUGAUAAGGGUGGUCUGUGGAGAUAUUACGGAUGGCAACACAGAGCACCUUAAACGAGAACACUCGUUGAUGAAACCCUACCAAGGCGUGGGCAGCAGCCCAUCCAGCCAGUGGGACUUCUCGGGGAGCACGUUAGUGACCAGCUCGUACGUGCGACUCACUCCGGACGAGAGAAGCAGACAGGGGUCCAUCUGGAAUACUGUCCCGUGUUACCUGAAAGACUGGGAGAUGCAUGUCCACUUCAAAAUCCACGGGCAAGGCAAGAAGAAUCUCCACGGUGACGGCAUCGCUUUGUGGUACACGAAAGACAGACUGCAUACCGGGCCUGUCUUCUCCGAACACGCUAUCUUCCACGGCCUGGCGGUUUUUAUCGAUACGUACUCAAAUGAUGAUUCGGCCGACCGUUCCUUCCCGUACAUUUCGGCCAUGGUGAACAACGGCUCUGUGAGCUACGACCAUGGCAAAGACGGACGCUCGUCAGAGCUGGGGGGUUGCUCGGCUGAGAUCCGCAACCGAGAGUUUGACACCUAUCUCGCCAUACGCUACUCCAAAGGGAGACUUACCGUGAUGAUGGACGUGGACGACAAGAACGAGUGGAAGGAGUGCAUCGACAUCGGAGGCGUUCGUCUUCCCACGGGAUAUUUCUUUGGUGCCUCAGCAGCCACUGGAGAUCUUUCUGACAACCAUGACAUCAUCUCAUUGAAGCUGUACCAGCUAAUGGUGGAGCACACGCCCGAGGAGGAGAACAUGGACUGGACAAAGAUCGAGCCAAGUGUCAGCCUGCUCAAGUCACCCAAAGACAAUAUCGACGACCCAACGGGCAACUUCCGUGGCACGCCACUGACGGGCUGGAAGGUGUUCCUGCUCCUGCUCUGUGCGCUGCUGGGCAUCGUGGUGUGCGGUGUGGUGGGCGCUGUGGUCUUCCAGAAGCGUCAGGAGCGAAACAAGAGGUUCUACUGAGGAGCUGAGGAACAAACAUCCACUGGGGGGAGGGAGAGCUUAUGGUGAACUGUUGAAGCACAUUUUAAUGUGAAUGUGAAUCUUUUUCUUUUUUUUUUUUUUUUUUUUUGUCGAAAGAUUGUACUGAUAUUUUGGUUGGAAGUAAUGCUCUUUUCUUUCUUUCUUUCUUUGGACGAUUUUUGGAAGGGGUUUGUUUUGCUGCCAUUUUUUUCGUUACUAUGGAAACAGCACAACCGUCAGCACUGGCCUUGAGAUUUUUAUUUUUAUUUUUUAAUACAUCUGUGUUCUAAAACUCAAAAGUGAGCUGUUGGUUUUCCACCUUAAGUGUUCAAGUGGGGUAGACGACUUGUAAUUUUUUUUUUUUUUUUACCAGAGCAGAAAACCACUCUUAAAUGUGUGAAGAAGUGUGCUGACUCCGCUUGAAAAUGCGUUUCAAACAAACAUUGUUUGUUUAAGAUAAAUAACAGUGAUCCACUCAAAAUUAAGACAGUUGUCUUCACCUUUGAGGCAAAAUGGGUGUCUUUGAGCAAGUGUUCAAUUGGAGCACACAUGACUUAAAUUUUCUACCAUGACAUAAAACCAUCUUUAAACAUGUUUAGAAGUAUCCUGCCAUUGAGCCAAAAUGAGAUUUGAAUAAUCUCAACAUUUUUUGUUGAAACUAAACAAAAGUGACCCACUCAAAAUGAGAUAAUUGCGUUAAACUUUUUGCAAAAAUGCCGUAUUUCUUUCCCUUUAAUUGUUGAAAUGCAGUAAAAAGGGCCUCAUUCUUCGUGACACAUAAAACCACUGUAAAAUUGUUAAAAAUUCUUCUGAUGGGUGAUUUAGAAUGACAUUUGAAUAAUCCUAUCAUCAUGAGUUAAAAGUAAAUUAUUUUGACACCCUCAAAAUGUGCUGUUUAACUUUGAGCUGCAGUGUCCUGGUUUGUCUACUGGAGGGGGUAGGGUGAUUGUAACAGCUUGUAGUUGUUCCCUUGGAUGUAAAACAACCUUCAAAUAUUUGAAAUAGUGUGCUGUCUGCACUCUCAAGCAUUCAUUGAUUAAGAUUCAUGUCCUCAAAAAGAGCCGUUGUACAUGUUAAAAACUGUGCUGGCAGUGAUUGAAAAUUACAUUUGAUAAGAUGAAAGUUUUUUUAAGUCUUGACACUAAACAUUUUGUUUCAUAUUUGAGCCAAAAUUGCCGUCUUUGGUGUCUCGAUGGAGGAAAGGGGAUUUGCCCAAAGAGACACCCUCCUAAAAGUGUUCUGAUACUUUUAAGUAACAUUUUAAUAAGCAAAGCAUAGUGAAGAGUUAAAGAAGUUAAAAGCAUUAUGUUGUCUUCCACCUUUCGGGCUUUGGUUUUUCCAGCUAUAAACAAUCUGUGAACUAGUGACACAGUCAGAAUUUCUCCAAGUUGUUUUGUCUCCCAGUCGACCUUUACUCGUGGCCAAUUUUGAUGGAAGAAGAAGAAAUUAGCCUUUCUUUGCAAAACAGGUGUAACCAUGUUUAGCAAAUGUUUAAGUGUCAGAUCUGUCGAAAAAAAUGUGCUGAAACAUGAUUGCGUUAUCAAAAUGAAUUGUGUGGCUUUGUACUGUUUUUGUUUAUUUUUUGGGGGGGAUACCGAAUGUGUCUUUAUGGUGACAAUUUUUUGGCAGCAGCACGUGGUCUUCACGCACUGUUGGGGGAUUAUUUUGCAGCAGCAUCGCCUCCUUAUCACUAGAAAGCACCGAGGAUGGAAAACUAGAAUAAAAACUCAACGAUACACUUGGUGACAUAUUUAUACAUAAAUUACUAUUUGUUUGUUUUUACUAUUCA